CUCUUCCUACGUUUCUUAUCCCCCUUUUUUUGGACCUUAGUCACAGCUUUCUUAGAUCCUUUCUUAGGAGCGGGAGCAGAUUUUGCUGGUUCAGGCAUUUUUGACAACUUCUGCUUUACCACGUGCUUCUCUCACUUACACACCUACUGGAAUUCAGCCUGAAGAACACGAACUACCACCCCAACUGCUAUAUUUAUAGAUACCUUAUGCAAAUAAACGACUGUCCUUGAUUUACUAUAGGGCGAACGACACAGGAGACGUCUCCACCAGCACAUCGAAUCCCACUAUUGGCUAGAGUUGGAUCCGCGUCUCCAUUGGUUGUUUAGAUACUAACGCCACUUCAGCCUAUCAAAGAGCGUUUACCUCUUCAAAUAGAACGGAUAUAAGGGUAGGGUGGGCUCCAGUGAGAUCAUUCUUUUUCUAUUUGACCUUUAUUAGUGUGAGUGCUGCUUGAAGCGAUCAUCAAUCAUGUCAGGCCGAGGAAAACAGGGUGGUAAGGUGCGGGCUAAGGCAAAGUCUCGCUCCUCGAGGGCUGGGCUGCAGUUCCCAGUGGGCCGUGUGCACCGCCUGCUCCGCAAAGGCAAUUACGCUGAGCGGGUAGGAGCUGGAGCCCCAGUCUAUAUGGCCGCGGUGUUGGAGUAUCUGACAGCUGAAAUUCUGGAGCUAGCUGGCAACGCGGCGCGGGAUAAUAAGAAAACCAGGAUCAUCCCCCGUCACCUGCAGCUCGCCAUCCGUAACGACGAGGAGCUCAACAAGCUGUUGGGGAAAGUCACCAUCGCUCAAGGUGGUGUGCUACCCAACAUCCAGGCCGUGCUGUUGCCUAAGAAAACUGAGAGCCACAAGGCCAAGAGCAAGUAAAACCCGAACAAGAAUCUUUACUAAAAAAAAA